UGACGGCCAUUAUAAUAGAGUGGUCUCCCUUCAAUCGCUUUAGCAUGUGCGAGAUUUGUUUAUAUUCGGCAUCAGAGGUAGUUUAGAUCAGAAACAUGCAGGUUUCCAAUCCAAACAACAUAAGUAUCUACAAUCUCAGUGCUGGAAAAUCAUUGCCGGAAUGGCUUACAGACAGAAAAAAAAGAAAGCUACAACAGACAGACACAGAAAUCCAGCGACGGAUAGAACUUAUUCAAGAUUUUGAGAUGCCAAGUGUCAGUAGCUGUGUGAAAGUCUCAAAGGACAGAAAUUAUAUAUGUGUUACAGGAACCUACAAGCCACGGCUUCGCUGUUAUGAUGUUCAUCAGUUGUCCAUGAAGUUUGAACGAGGCCUGGAUGCUGAAGUAGUAAAGUUCCUCUUCUUGUCGGAUGACUACAGUAAGCUGUUAUUUCUUCAAGAUGACCGAUACGUUGAGUUUCAUACACAAUAUGGUCGUCACUAUAGAACCAGGAUUCCUAAAUAUGGUCGCGACUUGAGCUAUCACCCACCAUCAUGUGAAGUCUACUUUGUUGGGGUGUCACCUGAAAUUUAUCGACUCAACUUAGAAUCUGGGCAGUUCUAUGCUCCUUUCAUGACCGAUGCUACAGAAAUUAUGUGCUGUGAAUUCAAUCCUGAACACUAUCUUUUCGCCUGUGGUACAAAAGAAGGCAUGGUGGAGUGCUGGGACCCCCGUGAUCGAACACGAGCUGGCAUACUUGACACAACUAAAAGUAAAUACAUUGAAAAUCUGAUGAUUGACAGUAUACCAUCAAUAACAAGCUUAAAAUUCCGUGAUGCUCUGACGCUUGGCCUAGGCACAAGUACGGGGCAUGUUCUGUUGUAUGAUCUUCGAAGCAGUCAACCACUUCUCGUGAAAGAUCAUCAGUAUGAUCUACCUAUCCUUGAUAUUGACUUCCACAGACCACUAGAUCUUGUGCUUUCCAUGGAUAGCAAGAUUUUGAAACUAUGGGAUAGGAACACUGGCAAGCCAUUUACAUCAAUAGAGCCAGGUACAGAUCUCAACAGCCUAUGUCUUGUACCUGAGUCUGGUCUGAUCUUUAUGGCUAACGAGGCACCAAAAGUCCUUACCUACUACAUACCAGCAUUGGGCAUUGCCCCCAAGUGGUGUGCAUUUCUUGACAGUCUUACAGAAGAACUGGAAGAGGAUACAUCACAGUCAGUGUACGAUGACUACAAAUUUGUCAGCCGCAAAGAGCUAGAAGAACUUGGACUUGCACACCUAAUUGGGUCAAAUCUUCUUCGUGCAUACAUGCAUGGUUUCUUUGUUGAUAUACGUCUUUAUCGUAAGGCCAAAGCUAUUGCAGACCCCUUUGCCUAUGAUGAUUACCGUAAAAACCAGAUUCGCAAGAAGAUUGAAGAAGAUCGAAUUAACAGAGUGAAGAGAAAGAAACUGCCCACAGUCAAUCGUGCUCUAGCAGAGAAAAUUCAGCAGGAAGAAGAGGAGCUUGAAGCAGGAGAGAUAAACAGAAAAAAAAAAUUGAAGAUGGCUGGAGUCAACCUGAUGAACGAUGAUCGCUUCAAACAAAUGUUUGAAAAUCCAGAUUUCCAAAUAGAUCCAGACAGUGAAGAGUUUCGGCUACUGAACCCAGUUCUUUCUCGGCUGGAAGUCAGCAAACAGAAAGAAAAGGAGAAAAUUGCUGAAAAGUUUGAGGAAGUGCAGGAGGAUGAAGAAGAAGGUCGUGUCAGUGAGGAGAGCAGUAGUUCAGAUGAUGAAGAUUACAAGCUAAAUAAAAUAACAAAUGGAUCAUCAAAGUCAAGCAUGACUGCUAAAAAAGUGGAGAGAAGUCGGCCCAGAUUCUUUGCAAUGAGAGAAGGGGAGGAGUUGAAAAACCUGACAGACAGCAGGAAAAAGAAACUCAAGAUGACUCUGGCAGAGCGUCUAAAUGAAGAAUCAGAAAAGGUUGUACAUGGCUCUAUAGGCAACAGAGAGAUGACCUUCAAGCUUCAGAAGAAUGUCAAAGAUACUUUGAAGGAUGAAGAAAUGCGUCGCCACAGGAAAGAACGGAAGCAAUUGGGGCGAUCUGCUUUUGAAAUCACUAAAGGAAUAAAACAAAGACCGAAGUUUUGGAAGGGGGAGAGAGUGCAGUAAUAUGCUUAGACUGUCUUGCCUUCUGUAAGUCUUCUGACACCAGUGAGCAUUUUAUGAGAGAGAGAAAGGAAAGGGGUGAGAGAAAGAUGCUCUGAUGAUAUGGCUGUUUUUAUUUUCUUCCUAAGGUAUUGCAAUUUCCAGACAAUUGUUAUGGUCAACUGCAAAUUUCAAAUAAAAUCAUGUUUUCUGUGGAACUUUGUAUGAUAAAGUGCA